AUGAAGGGGGCUGGGCGGCCUCCAAUCCGCCCUGGCAGCUUUGAGCUGGGAGGGCUCUUUGCCGCCGCCCAAUUCUCAGAUGAAAAUGAUUUUCUAGAGCCCACGCUGUCUGUCCCCUUGCUUUCAAGCAACUUGCCCCUAAACCCCGAAGGGGAGAGAGUUCCAAUCAAGGAAAAUGUGAUAUUCCUGCCCUGUGCAUACUGGUUAUCGUGCACUCCAUCCAAGUUCAAUUGCAGCUUCACCAAGUCUCCGUUUCAGGUUCACGACACUAGCUCCUCUGUGAGUCUCCCACCCCCCAUGGCUUCCCCCCCCACCAACGUUCCCGCCCUCCAAGGCUCCCGCCCGCGGCCCCCUCCUGAAGCCAUGCCCACCCACAGAGCCCCGCUUUCUCUCCCACAGGGGCAGUCCUGCGACUACUGCGACGCCCAGGACCCCGAUAAGGCCCACCCGGCCUCCCACGCAGUGGACGGGACGGAGCGCUGGUGGCAGAGUCCCCCGCUGUCUGCGGGGUCCCACUACAAUGAAGUCAACGUCACGUUGGACCUGGGCCUGCUCUUCCACGUGGCCUACGUCCUCAUCAAAUUUGCCAACUCUCCUCGCCCCGACCUCUGGGUGCUGGAAAGAUCCACCGACUUUGGAAGGACCUACUUGCCGUGGCAAUAUUUUGCUCAUUCUGAAUCGGACUGCUUGGAACAGUUUGGGAAAGAUGUCCACACCCCCAUCACCCGGGAUGAUGACGUCAUCUGCACCACAGAAUAUUCUCGGAUCGUGCCCCUGGAAAAUGGGGAGGUGGUGGUGUCCUUGGUCAACGGCCGCCCCGGGGCAAGAAACUUUACGUUGUCGCCCACACUGAAGGAGUUUACCAAGGCCACGAACAUCCGCUUGCGUUUUCUCAGGACCAACACCCUGCUCGGUCACCUAAUCUCCAAAGCUCAGAGAGACCCAACAGUCACACGGCGGUACUAUUACAGCAUCAAGGACAUCAGCAUCGGAGGGCGUUGCGUGUGCAAUGGGCAUGCUGAAGCCUGCGGUGCCCAAAACCCAGAUAACCUGUACCAAUGUGAGUGCCAACACAACACUUGCGGAGAAAGCUGCGAGCGCUGCUGUCCUGGGUACCACCAAAAGGCAUGGCAACCCGCUGAGGUCGGCCAUACCAAUGCUUGUGAGCCUUGCAACUGUCACGGACACAGCACGGCCUGUUACUACGACCCAGAGGUUGAGCUGCGCAGAGAAAGCUUGAAUGUCCAUGGCCUCUACGAAGGAGGUGGAGUCUGCAUUAAUUGCCAGCACAACACUGCUGGCGUUAACUGUGAGAAAUGCGCCCACAGCUACUAUCGUCCAGACGGGGUUCCUGUAGAAUCGCCCCAUGGCUGUAUCCGAAUCCCUAUAUAUCAGACCCCAACUCCCGGACCAGAAGCUCCUGAAGCUGGACAUAUUCAAGCUUGCCAGUGCCACGGCGUAGGAGUGCUGGAUGGCCGAUGCCACCAGGAGACGGGGCACUGCCUGUGCCAACGAGGGUUUCGGGGCUCCACCUGUGAGGAGUGCGAGGUUGGACAUUUCCAGUACCCGCUCUGCCAGCAGUGUGAGUGUGACCCAGCCGGGGUCAUCCCGGAAAUCUGCGACUUCUGGGGGAAGUGCCUGUGCCGCUCUGGGGUUGGCGGGACCCACUGCGAUACCUGCCUUUUGGGAUUCCACUCGUUCCCCUCCUGCCAAGGUUCUGACGCCGAAUGUGACCCUGUGGGUACCAUCGAUUCUCAGUCCGGUUACUGUCGGUGUCAGCUGUAUGUUGAGGGUCCCACUUGCAGCCUCUGCAAACCGCUCUACUGGAACCUGGCAGAGGAAAACCUGGAGGGGUGUUCAGAGUGCCAGUGCCACUCGGCUGGAGUGUUGAGCGGUGUGGGUGAGUGCCAGCAGAAAGAUGGCGAGUGUUACUGCAAGGCUAACGUCUGCGGGGACGCCUGCGAUACCUGCGAAGAUGGCUACUUUGGUCUGGAAAACGGGAAUUAUUUUGGAUGUCAAGGUUGCCAGUGUGCCGUCGGAGGGUCUCUCUCCCCGGUGUGCCAAGAGCCCUCAGGAGCCUGCCGGUGCAGGGCCCACAUCGAGGGGCCGGCCUGCCAGCGGCCCGAGAGCACGUACUAUUUCCCCGACUUGCACCACAUGAAGUUUGAGGCCGAAGAUGGCACCACGCCCGACGGGAGAGAAGUUCGGUUCGGCUUUAAUCCUCUGGAAUUUCCCGCCUUCAGCUGGCGAGGCUACGUUCAGAUGUCCCCGGUUCAGAACGAAGUGAAGAUAACUUUGAAGGUGGAAAAGUCAAGCCUCCACUUAUUUCUGGUUAUCCUGAGAUAUCUGAACCCUGGAAUGGAAACGGUGCUGGGACGCGUGACCGCUUAUCCAUCUCUGUCCGGAGGAGGGGAUGUUCAAAGCAAAGAAGUUAUCUUCUCACCCACUGAAGAGCCCAGUUUUGUCACCAUCCCAGGAAGCGGCUACGCCGAGCCGUUCUCUCUCAGCCCAGGACCGUGGAUCAUCUGUGUCAUGGCCGAGGGCGUCCUCCUGGAUUACCUGGUGCUGAUCCCCAGCGAAUACUACGAAGCUCCGAUCCUGCAGCGGCGAGUCACUCAGCCAUGUGCCCAUUCGGGACCCGCGGAAGAGAACUGCUUGCUUUAUCAGCAUUUGCCAGUGGACAGAUUUGGCUGCCUCUUCGCGUGUGAGAGCACAAACUUCCUCGUCGCUGGAGAACCCAGGAAAUUAGUCCUCCGUCAGAGCACUCCAGAGCUCCCGGCCAUGGUUGACAUCAGCGGGAGAGAGGUUGAGCUGCAGCUGAGGUUGAGCGUUCCUCAGGCUGGCCUGUACGUGGUGAUCCUUGAAUACGCCAAUGAAGACAAUCAGUUGUAUCCUGUGGAUAUGGUGGUGAAUGAUCCUGGCUCUGCCUCAGCUGGCCGGGUGAAUGUAUACAGCUGCAGAUACAGCUUCCCGUGCCGCAGUGUGGUGGUUGAUGACUUGGGCCGCAUUGCCGUGUUUAAGCUGCUAGAAGAUGCGAAAGUCCACCUGAGGGCAUCCGUGGCCCACUUCCUCCUGCACAAGAUUUGCUUUGUGCCAGCGGAAGAAUUCUCCACUGAAUACGUGAAGCCCAGCGUCCACUGUGUCGCCAGUUACAGGCCGUUCGUUAACCAAAGUGUGUCCUGCAUCCCGUCAGCGCAUCACACGCCCCCGGGGACGCUGCUUUUGGAGGCCCGGCGUGGCGGGGACCGGCCCCUCACCCCACAGGAACUCCCUCCCUCCGCCCAGCCCAUCCUCGGGGCCACCUUAAAGUCACCCCAGAGCCAGAUGACCUUGCGGGGGAGAGUGCCGCGUCUCGGCAGAUACGUCUUUGUGGUCCACUUCUACCAGCCAGACCACCCGACCUUCCCGGCACAUGUCGCCGUGGACGCCGGUCGCCUCUGGACAGGUUCCUUCAGUGCGGCCUUCUGCCCCCACGUUUUCGGCUGCCGGGACCAGGUGAUGGCAGACGGCCACGUCGAGCUGGACCUUCAGGAGCCGGAGGUGUCGGUGACCGUGGGGGUCCCGGACGGCAAGUCCUUGGUGCUGGUGCACGUUCUAGCAGUCCCAGCCGAGAGCUACAGUUACCACCUUCUCCGUGAGAAGCCAGUGGACAAGGCGGUGGAUUUCAUCAACAGCUGUGGGGGCAACGGCUUUUAUAUCGACCCCUCGACCGCAUCCGGCUUCUGUUGGGACUCCGCCAUCUCCCUGGUGGCCUCUUACCACGACGGAGCCGUGCCUUGCCAGUGUCACCCAGCGGGGACCACUGACCUGGAGUGCAACCCUCGAGGGGGGCAGUGCCCCUGCCGACCCAACGUCAUCGGCCGCCAGUGCACCAGAUGCCAAACCGGCUACUAUGGCUUUCCCUCCUGCAAGGCGUGCAACUGUGGCCGGCGGCUCUGCGACGAGAUGACGGGCCGGUGCCUCUGCCCGCCUGGGACGGUCCGACCCGGGUGCGAAACGUGCCAGCCGAACUCCUUCAGCUACCACCCGCAGGCGGGCUGUCUGGCCUGCAACUGCUCUCUGGCCGGCACGAGCGAGUCUGCCGCCGCGGACUGUGACGGGAGCAGCGGUCAGUGCCGGUGCAAGGCCGGAGUGGAAGGGCGGCGGUGCGAUCGCUGCGCACCCGGAUUCUCCGGCUUUCCGGACUGCGCCCCCUGCAACUGUCAUCACGGCGGGACGGAGCCGGCCGUCUGCGACCCCCGGACGGGGGCCUGCCUCUGCAAGGAGAACGUGGAAGGAGUGGAGUGUAACGUCUGCCGGAAGGGGUCAUUUUACUUGGACCCCAAGAACCCCAAAGGCUGCAUCAGCUGCUUUUGUUUUGGAGCCAACGUGCCUUGUCAGAGCUCAGAGAAGCGGAGGACCAAGUUUGUGGAUAUGAUGGGCUGGCGCCUGAAGCUGGCAGACCAGGCAGACAUCCCCACCACCUUCAACCCUGGCAGCAGCAGCGUGGUGGCCGACGUCCAGGAGCUGCCCGCCUCCGCCCACAGCGUCUACUGGAUGGCCCCGCCGUCCUACCUGGGGGACAAGGUUUCCUCCUAUGGCGGUUUCCUCACCUACCAAGUGAAGUCCUUCGGCCUGCCCAGCGAGGGGAUGGUUCCUCUGGAAAAGAGACCCGACGUAUUGCUCACGGGGCAGCAGAUGAAAAUCGCCUACCUAGACCCAAGCCAUCCACUGCCAGACCGGAGGUAUUAUGGUCGCGUGCAGUUGCUGGAGGACAACUUCCGACACGCCAGCGGCAACGCCCGGGUCUCCAGAGCCGAGCUGAUGACGAUCCUGUCUAGACUGGACGGCUUACACAUCAGAGGGCUGUACUUCGCCGAGACGCAGCGGUUAUCGCUGGGCGAGGUGGGGCUGGAGGAAGCCAGCAGUUCGGGCAGUGGAAGCAAGGCCCCCCAAGUGGAGCGGUGCUUCUGCCCCAGUGGCUCGGCCGGUGACUCAUGUCAGGACUGCAGCCCCGGUUACUACCGGGAGAACAGAGGGUCACCCACAGGACCGUGUACUCGCUGCGAUUGCCACGGCCACACCCUUCGGUGUCAGGAUGGUUCCGGCGUAUGCAUCAACUGCCAACAUAACACCGCUGGGGACCACUGCGAGCGCUGCAAAGAUGGGUACUUUGGAAAUGCCCGCCAAGGUUCCUGUAACAUCUGCCCCUGUCCUCAUACAAACAGUUUUGCUACCGGUUGUGAAAUGAAUGAUGGGAAUAUACGCUGUUUCUGCAAACCCGGUUACACCGGCACACAAUGUGAAAGUUGUGCUCCAGGGUACUUUGGAAAUCCCCUGAAGUACGGUGGCAGCUGUCAGCCAUGCAAUUGCUAUAGCAACGGUCAGCCCAUCACCUGUGACCCAUUGACUGGAGAUUGCUCAAGCCAAGAACCCCAGGACAGCGGCCCGGAGGGGGAUUGUGACGACUGCGACAGCUGCGUCAUGACCCUCCUGCAAGACCUGAAUGUGUUGCGUGAAGAAGCGAGGUGGAUAAAAGCUGAGCUGCAGAAUUUCCAAGAGAGUGCCAAGGAGUUGGAGCGGUUGAAGCAGAUGGAGGCCCAGGUCAAGGCUAUGCAGAACGAACUGAGCAAAUAUCAGACGGCAACCUCGAGACGUGGCUUGAAGAUAGACGCCCUCCAGAAAGACCUCAUCAACCUGAACCGGGACUUCAGCACUCUGCAGGAAAAGGCCAAAGUGAACUCCAGGAAAGCACAGACAUUUCACAGCACCAUGGCUCAGGCAAACGAGCAUCUGAAGGCAUUGGAUGUGAAGAUCAAGACUCUCUCUAGGGACAUUCAUGUCUUUCUGAACCAGAUAUCCGAGGUGGACGUUGGCGGGGGCGGCCUUCCCCCCCGCGACUUCUCCAGGCAGCUGGAGGAUGCCAAGAAGAGGGUGAUGGAGAUGCAGACCCGCAACAUUCAGGAGCAGCUGAAAAAGGCAGAAGCGGAGAAGCGAGAGGCCCAAGUCUUGUUGGAGCGGUUGAGGGCCGGGCUCGGAAACCACCGGCCGGAAGACCACAGGACGGCUCAGACGAUCCGGGCCUCGCUGGACGAAUACGAAGCCCAGAUCAGUGACCUGGAGAAAGCUCUCCAGGAGGCAUCUGAGCAUACAAAGAAGGCAGAUGGUCUGAACCGAGAGAAUGAACGGGCCCUGGCCAACAUCGAGAAACGGGUGAAAGAAGCAAAUUCCGUGCAGAACCAGAUGAACCAUGUCCUCACUGGGGCGGAGACAUCCUUGCGGCAGACCGGCAGUGUGCUUCGCCUGGUGGAGGGGAGCCAGGAGGAGUACGAAAAGUUGUCCGUCCAGGUAAAUGAGGUCAGGAUAGACCUGCGGGCCAAGGUGAAGGACCUCUCCGGAGCGGCCAGCCACAGACUCCUGGUGGAGCAGGCCGAGGCGCGUGCCCAGUCUCUGCAAAAUCUUGCCAAGCAGCUGGAAGAGAUCAAGAGGAACACCAGCGGGGACGAGCUGGUGCGUUGCGCCGUGGAUGCCGCCAUGGCCUACGAGAACAUCAUCAAUGCUGUCAAAGCCGCCGAGGACGCGGCCAACAAGGCCGAGAAGGCCUCGGACGCAGCCUUGUCGAUUGUAAAGAAGGAAGACCUGCCGGGAAGAGCCAAGACACUGAGCACGGAGAGCGACAAGCUGCUCGCCAAAGCCAAGGGGGCCCGGGAGAUGAUACAGCAAGAAAUAGGUCCAGGCCUCAGCGGGCUGAAGAGCAGCCUGGAGAAAGUGAGCACCCUCAAGGACGGGCUGGAAACCAACCUGGCCUCAGUGCAGCGUGACCUCCGGAGGAUCAACCGAGAUGACGUAGAGCAGAUGAUCGCCGCCGCCCGCGCCGAAGCUCGCCGCGCCCAGGAACGAACCGACGGCGUGCUGAACGACCUGGACCCCAUCCAGAAGGACGUGGAGCGACUUAAGGAAACCUAUAGGAGCAACCAGACCGAAAACUUCAACCAGGCUCUGAUAGAUGCCCGCUUUUCCGUCGAGAGACUAACCAACAAGCUCCCAGGCAUCUUUAGCAAGAUCGAAAGCAUCAACCAGCAACUGGUGCCCCGGGGCAACAUCUCUGUCAACGUGGACCGAAUCCGAGAGCUCAUCCAGCAGGCCAGAGAUGCCGCCAACAAGGUGGCCGUGCCCAUGAGGUUCAACGGGCACUCUGGGGUGGAGGUCCGACCGCCCAGCGACCUUGGCGACUUGAAAGGGUACAUGUCCCUGUCACUGUUCCUCCAAAAACCCAAGUCGAGAGUGGACGGUGAAGACAACGACAUGUUCGUGAUGUUCCUGGGGAGUCGAAACAUCUCGAAGGACUAUAUGGGCAUGGCGGUGAGGGAUGGCAAGCUCAUCUGCGUCUACAAACUGGGGAACCAGGCGGUCGAAAUCCAGGCGAAACAGUCCAUGACGGAGAGCGAUCCCGAGGAGGCCAUCAUGGACCGGGUGAAGUUUCAGAGGAUCUACCAGUUUGCAAAGCUCAGCUACACGCCAAAGGCCACCAACAACGGGCCACAACAUCCUGAGUUUAACGACAAGAAGGGCAAGAGCGACCACGUCCUCUUCGACCUGGACCCCGAUGACGUCGUCUUCUACGUGGGCGGCUACCCCUCAGACUUCAAGCCCCCCGGGAGACUGAAUGCACCCCGGUACAAAGGCUGCCUUGAGCUGGACGACCUCAACGAGAACGUCUUGAGCCUGUACAACUUCCGGAGGACUUUCAACCUCAACACGACCGAAGUGGAGCCGUGCCGCAGGAGCAAAGAGGAGUCCGACAAAAAUUUCUUCGAAGGUGUUGGCUAUGCCCGCGUCCCGAACCAGCUCGGGAAACAGCACGGCGACUUUGACCAGGUUAUUCAAACCACAGUUGACGAAGGAUUGCUGUUCUUUGCAGCCAACCAGAGCUCCUACAUCUCUUUGAACGUCGAAAACGGCUAUCUGGUGUUGAGGUACAAACUGGAUUCAGGACCUCCGAAAGAGGCCAGAAACCGAGAGCCCAUAAGCGACGGCGUGGACAAGAGGGUCCGGUUGGUGAUUGUAAAAGCCCAGCAUCUUAUAAGAGUAACGGUGAAGGAAUUGUCCAUCGAGGUCAAGAACGUCAACUUGGAUUUUAGCACAUACUACCUAGGAGGGAUUCCAAUUCUGCUCCGGGAGCGGUACAACAUUUCCACCCCUGCCUUCCGGGGCUGUAUGAAAACCCUGAAAAACAACGGCAAGAUCAUCAAUUUGAAUGACACCGUCGGGGUCACCAAGAAGUGCUCAGAAGACUGGCAGCUGGUGCGCUCAGCCUUCUUCAGACGAGGGAACCUGAAAGUGAGCUCCUCCGGAUUCCCGUUCCCCAACAACUUCCAGACCUCGUUUGGCUUCCACACUGUGCACCCCGAGGGCCUGCUGCUCAGCCACCAGGCCAGGGAAAAUAGGUUGCUAGUCUACCUGGAUCACGGCCACGUCAAACUGACCACAAAGGACUCAACGACUCCACUGGUAUCAUCCAGGAAAUACGCGGAUGGUUUACUUCAUUACGUGUCUGUGAUAAAAGAUGACAGUGGCCUGAAGCUUCUGAUUGAUGAACGGGACGAGUCAUUCCACGAAGAGACUUCCAUCUCCUCUCCGAGCACCAAGCAGUCCAUCUUAAUUGGGGGAUCUGAUUUUGAGGGGUGCAUUACCAACGUGUUCAUCGAGAGACUGUCUCAGAGCCCGGAAGUGCAGAACCUCAUUAAUCACACUGGGAGGUCCGACGUGUCCCUGGGGGGCUGCCGGAUGAACACGCCGCCUCUCCCGCUGCUGCUAGAAGGGCCCCUGAGGCGGAACAACCCCAUGGCCUCCAGCAUCCAGUGGCUCCAGGGAGACAUGCCCACCGACACCCUGAUGGAGACCCGUGGGCGGCCCCACCCCUACAGCUGCCUCCAGCCCACCCGGCCUCAGGAAGAACGUGGGGCCUGGCGGUUUGGAGCAAGUCCUGCCAGCCAUUUGUGGUUCAGCCUCCUUCCCGCAGGACAGAAAGACAGAUCCCAGUUUGCACUGGAGUUGCGGACGACCUCCCUGGAUGGGUUGGUGUUCUUCAUGGGGACCAAGAGAUCCUCUGAGGCCCUGUACCUUUCCAAGGGGCGCCUGGUCCUUUUCCUGAAGACGGGCAAGAGACCCUUCCAGCUGAAGAGCAGAGACCGAUUCAGUGAUGGCCAGUGGCACAUGGUGGCAUUCGGGCACGAUGGAAAUAAGGGGCAUCUUGUCAUCGACGGUCUGAGCGCCCGGGAAGGGCGUUUGGCUGGAAAUUCCACCUUGGGCCCCCAUACCUCCUUCUACCUGGGGUCCCCUCCUCUGCUGAAAAUGAAGCACCUUCCCCGGCACAGCUUCGUGGGCUGCCUGAGGAACUUCCAAGUGGACGGGAGGCCCGUGGUGGCCCCGGCGCAGAACUCUGGCGUCAGCCCCUGCCUGGAGGGCCCGCUGGAGCCCGGGAUCUACUUCUCUCCAGGAGCCGGCCACCUUGCCCUCGACCCCCCCUCCAUUCCAGGCGGGAAGGCCUUCCAGGUGGAGUUGAGCAUGCGCCCCAGAAGCCUCCAUGGAGUCCUGUUACACACUGGGAGCCAGGCCGGCUGGCGCCUCAGCCUGUACCUGCGCGACGGAGAGGUCAUCGUGACUGCAGGCAACGGUUCGGAAGAGUUCUCCACGUCGGUCAGCCCCAAGCAGGCCCUGUGUGACGGGCGCUGGCACUCAGUGGCAGUCACUCUGGAGCAGAGCGUGCUGCAUCUGCAGCUGGAUGCCCACAGCAACAAGGUCACCGUCCCUUGGGCCUCCCUUCCCUCCGGCCCGGGCCAGCUCCUCUACCUUGGAGGCAUCCCAGUUCACUUGAACCCACCGUCGCUUUCUGUGUCAGACCAGUACCUCGGCUGCCUGAGGGACAUCGCCGUCAACGGGGCCCCGGCCUCCGUCCCCGCCGCCUCACGGAUCCGAGGGGAAGUCAGUCUGAUGGGCUGCCCCGCUCACUGACCCCGCCGGCCCCAGAGUGGGGUGAGCUAGUAAUCACCCGGGCCCCUUGGUCCGUCACCACCGCUCCCCAGAGAUGUUAGGAGGAAAUGAUUAAAACGUGGCCGGCUGGCCCUCCCGUUUGGCCGCCGCUGUGAUUCCCGGGGGGAAUUGGCCUAUAAAAAUCCUGUAUCUUGGGGCCGACGCGCCAAGCGCCACGUGCCAAAAUGUUAUUUCUUACCGGUGACAAAGAAUACAGUGCCAGAAGCACCUCUUCACGCACGGCUUUGGUGUUGGGGCUACCGUCUGGAGGGCCCACGUGCAUAAA